GCUGGAGACCAAGGAAUGAACAACCACUGAGAAAGAAAGGUCAAGGGAGAACAAUGCAUGUAAGCGACUUUUUAACUGAAACAAUUGGUAGACUUAAAUUAUCAGAUGAACAAAAAUUAGAGGUUGAAGAGAACUUUCCUCAUGAUGCUCAA